AGUGUUGGGAACCAGUGGAUUCUCAUAUCUUUGGGUGAUUGGGUGUCAUUGGUUCGUUGGCGGAGGACUUUUGUUGGACGUUUCGUGAUUCUGCAUUUAGUUGAAAUUCAUUUUAGAUCCACUUGAAUAAAGUUGAUCUAGCGCAAUGUUCAGCCAAAUCUCGCGACAAGUAGCCGUUCAGGUUGCACGUAACUUCUCGACAUCAUCUACGAACAAUUUCAAAGUUGCAGUAUGUGGAGCAUCUGGUGGUAUCGGGCAGCCCCUGUCCUUACUCUUGAAGGUGAAUCCUCUUGUUACUGACUUGGCCCUUUACGAUAUCGUCCACACUCCCGGUGUUGCAGCCGAUCUUUCCCACAUCGACACAGCCAGCGGUGUAAAGGGAUACGUUGGAGCAGAGCAAGUUGCUGCUUGUUUGAAAGGCGCCGAUUUAGUUGUUAUCCCAGCGGGCGUGCCACGUAAACCUGGAAUGACCCGAGAUGACUUAUUCAACACCAAUGCUGGCAUCGUUCGCGAUUUGGCUUCUGCCAUUGCGGACAAUUGUCCAAAGGCUUUAAUUGCGAUUAUUACAAAUCCUGUAAACUCGUGUGUACCAAUUGCCGCAGAAGUCCUAAAAUCCAAAGGAAAGUACGAUCCCCGUCGUCUUUUCGGUGUUUCAACUUUGGAUAUUGUCCGUGCUCGUAAAUUCAUUUCUGAUUCAUGUAAAGUUGAUGUGAAUACCGUUGAUAUUCCGGUUAUCGGUGGACAUUCUGGUGUUACAAUUAUUCCGGUGAUAUCACAAUGCAAACCAAAAGUGUCGUUUUCGCAGCCCGAUCUCGAGAAAAUCACAGUGCGUAUCCAAGAAGCUGGCACAGAAGUUGUGAAGGCUAAGGCUGGAGCCGGAUCCGCAACACUGUCCAUGGGAUAUGCAGGUGCACGUUUUGCUAUUUCAGCAUUGAAAGCUUUGAAUGGCGAGAAGAAUGUCGUCGAAUGUGCAUAUGUUGAAUCGAAAGUGACAGAGGCUGCUUAUUUUUCGACUCCAUUGCUUUUAGGCAAGAACGGCAUUGAGGAGAACCUUGGUUUACCAAAAUUGAACGACUUCGAGAAGAAAUUGUUGGAUACUGCCUUGCCCGAACUGAAGAAAAAUAUCAACAAAGGUAUUGAAUUUGCCAAAAAGUAAAAAACUAAAUGCAGAGGAACAAUACUCAUUUGAGGAGAUCAAAUUCCGAAAUUUCUUUUACAAGGUUUUCUUGGUUCAGACUCUGUGCGAUAAGUAUUGUGUGGAUAAAUUGUUAUUACAAUCAAAAUGCUUAUUUCAAUAAAUUAUUUUAAGUUGA